AGAUCUGACCUAUAAAUUGAAAAAAUAAGCAGGUUUGUUGGAUUUCUUUUUUUUAAGAUUUUAUUUAUUUAUUUUGAGAGAGAGAGUGAGCCAGCAUGCAUAAGCAGGGGGAGUGGCAGGCAGAGGGAGAAGCAGGCUCCCUGCUUAUAUCAGAAGGUUCAUACUCAGAAAACAUAUAAAUCAGAAUACUGACCCUUAUGAAAUGGAGCAAAUGAGUCACAUUAGGUACAUAAACUUCAGGGUAAAAGAUCUUAAAUCUGUUUCUCCACAGAAACAUAUUUAUUUAAUAUUUAUUUAUUUACCUCCAGCAAUUCUGUGUAGCAGGCGAUGUUGAAGGCAUUGGUGAAAUUCCCAUAGGGAGCAGGAACCCAGAAGAACCUUAGAGGCUGCAGCCCCAGGUCUGCUGAGAGGUUAAUGAAUACUGUAGAGGUUCUGGGCUUUUAUUCUCUGCCCUUUAAAAAAAAAAAAAAAGUUUGCUCUGAUUCACUAACAUCAGGCAAUUACUGCUGUUGACUUGAAGGUCUGAAAACUUUUUUUUUUUUAAUUUCAGAUAUUUAAAGGUCUGAAAACUUUUAACUGUUAUUUGAGUGAAUGAAUUCUAACUCUGAACCCACUUCUGUACAAUUCAGUGGGAAAAUUCAUCUCAGCCAUCAAUAAUAGGGCUGCUUCUGAGAGUCACACAAAAAUCAAAGAGGCUUAUGUUGUCUUGGGGUAAACGGGAAAGAUUUCUCUAAUUGUCACCUGUCAUGGUAUUCUGUGGUCCUAAACUAAGACCUUGAUAACAGACAGCCCUCUCUUUUGUGCGGUAGGGAAAUUCUGACCAUUGGCAAGGAACCAGCUCUCCCUGGACACACCAAAGUCUUUCUGAACCCUUGCUAUCAUCCUGUGGGCCCUGCCAUGGGAUAACUAGGACUCACUGACCUUUCCUAUUCCCUUUGAGAAUGUUCCCAUACUUGCCUUCAGAAACACUCUUCCCCACCCCUUUUCCCAUGCCACCAUUCUCACUUGCCAGAAAUCUAUUCUUUAUAAUGGAAAUGAGGAUUAGAAAGAGUGAGGAAUCAGGUCAAGGAAAAGGGUUAAAAUUGACCCUUAUGUUGUCAACACCAACUUGGCUAGUGCGUAAAUAGCUAGUAAGGAUUUUGCUGUGGGGAAGGGAGCAAUUAUUAGGAGUUUCCUCUCCCAGGCUGGGUGAUAGAUUUACUCCUUUGAAGAAUUCUGUGUGGGAGACAUCAUUCUUCCCAUUUUAUAGAUGGGGUAGCCCAAAGAGAUUCAACAUAUUUAACCUAAAAUCACACAGCUACUCAGAAGUCAAGAUAAGGAUUUGAACGCAUGUUUGCUGACCUCACUAUCCUACAGCCUCAGUGAAAUUCUUGGAAAGUCAAACCAUCACCCUAAACACCCUCUGCUUCCUUUUACCAAGCUUUCCUUGGUAUUCAAACAAUAUUCCAUAAUUAGCCAAUGAUAAUCUCUGAUUGGAGCUCUUUCAUCUACGAAUUAUUUUAAGGUGGAACAAAAUGCUACAUGCAGAUGCCCAAGUAUUCUACCUGAAAAAAGUCUAGCUUGGACUGACCCAAUAUCACGACAGUCUAAAGUUUCCUGAAAUUAAAAUGCUGAGCCUGAAAACACUGGGAUAGUCUUGAUCUACACUGGACAUCACAUCCUUCUCCAAAAUACAUAGGAAUUCCCACUUGACCUUAGAGCCAAUCUGACCACUCAAGUUUUUUUUUUCUUUUUCUCUUUAAUUUCCUCUUUUUUUUUUUUUUUUAAUUGGUGUAGGGAUGACUGGACAAUCUUGGGAUGAGAGAGAUGUGCCUUUUACUUUCAUAGUCUUCCCUAUAAUUACAAGUGGCCAAGUAUGGCAAAAAGAGCACUGGGCAAUCUAACUCAAGCUAGCUGUGCUGGAACCUCCAUUUCCUCAUCUGUAAAAGGACUGAAUUAGACUGUGUAAUCUCCUCUAUUAUCUCCAGUUCCAGUUCCAUAAAUGUCUUAUAAUCAAUACAUGCAAAAUCUAGCGUCUUCUCUACACCAUCUGUGUUCCCUAACAGAGAAUGGCGUGUCUACCAAGUGUCCAAGCUAAAAACUUAGAAUUACACCUGCCUCCUUCCUUCUGCUCACCCUCAUCCCUCACUUCACCAAAAUCCUCUAACCUCUGGCACACACAUUCAAUAUUGGUCACCAUUCCCACAUUUAUAUUUCCAGCCUGAAUCUCUCCUCUGAAUGUCACACACAUAUGCAACCGCCUUCUUGAUGUCUCUGCCAGUAUGACCGGCAGGCAUCUCACCCUAAGAUUUCUGAAAAUGAGCUUGUGAUGUUGUCCCAAACCUGUUCCAAACCCCAUUAUUCCAGUUGCUCAGGCCAAAAAACUUAGUGUCACCCUUGAUUCCUCCCACAUUCAUUACAAAAGCAAUUCUGUUUGCUCUACCUUGAGAAUAUAUCCAGAAUUCUAUCACCUCUUAUCACCCCCCUACCACCACCCUGAUGCCACCCUGCCACCAUCAUCUCUUGUUCCCCUCAGCACAGCAGCCAGAAUGAGUCUUUUUUUUAUAUAUAUAUAUAUAUAUAUUUUUUUUUUUUUUUUUUUUUAAGUAGGUUCUAUGCCCAGCAUGGAGCCCAAUGUGGGGCCUGAACUCAGGACCUUGAGAUCAAGACCUGAGCUGAGAUCAGGAGUCAGACACUUAACUGACUGAGCCACCUAGGCACCCCCCAGAACGAGUCUUUAAAAUAUGAGAUCACGUCAUGCUUUAGCUCAAAAUCCCCCAUUAGCUUCUCACCUAAAACUUAAAACUGAAGUCCUUACCAUGACCUAGAAGGCCAUACGUAAUCCAGUCUUCUUACCCACUACCUUAUUACCUAUAUUAGAGUUCUCCAGAGAAAUAGAACCAGUAGGAGAUUUUAUAUACAUACAUACAUACAUACAAGGAGAGAUGUAUUUCAAGGAAUUGAGGAAUUGGCUCACAUUAUUGUGGGAGGGUAGCAACUCUGAAAUCUGUAGGGGAGGCUGGCAGGCUGGAAACUCUUGGGCAGAGGUUGAUGAUACAGUCUUGAGGCAGAAUUUCUGCUGACUCACCGUGUCUUAGUUCAGGCUGUUACAGCACAAUACCAAAGGCCAGUGGAUUAUAAGCAACCGAAAUUUUUCCUCCCAGUUCUAGAGACCACCACCAGGUGGUCAAGCCAAAUCAAGCCACCAGGACUUAGUGUCUGGUGAAAGCCUGCCUUCUGGUUCACGGCCAACCAGCCUGUCUUCUUGCUGUGUCUUCACAUGGCAGAAGGGGCAAGGGAGCUCUCUGGUAUCUCUUUUACAAGAAUACUAAUCCCAUUCAUGAGGGCCCCAUCCUCAUGAACUCAUCAUCUUCCAGAGGCCCCACCUCCGCAUACCAUUACUUUGAGGAUUAGGUUUCAACAUAGGAACUUUGUGGAAGGGGGGACACAAACAUUCAGUCUAUAGCACAGAGAAAGCUCAGUUUUGUUUUCAAGGCCUUCUAACUGAUUGAAUAAGGCCCAUACAUAGCAUUAAGAAUAAUUUUGUCUUAUUUUUUUUUUUAAGAUUUUAUUUAUUUAUUUGACAGAGAGAGACACAGCGAGAGAGGGAACACAAGCAGGGGGAGUGGGAGAAGGAGAAGCAGGCUUCCCGCAGAGCAGGGAGCCCGAUGUGGGGCUCGAUCCCAGAACCCUGGGAUCAUGACCUGAGCCAAAGGCAGAUGCUUAAUGACUGAGCCACCCAGGCGCCCCUAAUUUUGUCUUAUUUAAAGACUAUUCAUUAUAGAUGUUAACUACAAAAUGCCUUCACAGCAAUACCUAGAUUAGUGUUUGAAAAGUUGAAAACUAUAGCUUAGUCACGUUGACCUGUAAAACUCUCACACUACCUUCACAAUCUUUUCAGUUCACUCCAGCCAUACCAGUCCCCUUGAUGAUCCUCAACCCACCAGACAUGUUCCUAUCUGAAGACUUUUGUACCUUACUGUUUCCUCUCCAGAAUGCUCUUCUACAGACAGCCACAUGGCUACCUCUAUCUUCCCUUUAAGUCUUUUUCCUUAGGUCUUUUCAGAACUUCUCACUCCAUAUCUAAAAUGGCAAACCUUCCUACACAGCCAUGCCCUAUAAGAUUCCACUUCUCCCUCUGUCCUCUAUUUUUCUCCUAAUCCUUACUAUUGUGAAGCAUACUAUAUAUUUUGCUUAUUUAUCUUCCUUAUUGUCUACAUUGCCCCUAGAGCAAAGCUUCUUAAGGGAAGUGAUUUGUUUUUAUAUAUUUUGUUCAAUGCUGUAUCCCCAAUGCCUGGAAUAGUCCCUAAGACAAAGGGUUUGAUAUGUAUUUGUUAAAUGAAUGCCCAUUUAUUCUAUUAUUCCCUCUCCCAAAUAUCUCUUUGCCAACAUGUUCAUUCAGGCCACCACCAUUUCUGGCCUGGGUUACUGAGCAGCCAUCCAACUGGUCUCCCUCCAUCUAUUCUUCCCCUUCUUCCAAUGCAUUCUCCAUCCUACAGCAUUUCUAAAUCUGAUGAUAGCAAUCCCCUGCUCAAAACCUUUCACAAGUCCUCCUUGAUGCUGAGACUCUGAGUGACUGAGCUUCUGAUAAGUUCUCUACCUUCUCUCUGCUCCACACUCUGGAAUCCAAGAUGGACCUUCCUAGUCCUUGAAGUCAUGAUCUCUCACCUCCCAGUGCCUCUACACAUGGUUUCCUAUAUCUAGAACAUUCUUCACCUUGUGGCCAACCCCUGCUCGCCCUUUAGGUCCCAUUUAUGGCUCACCUUCCCCACCCCCCCCAUCUUCAGAUCUGGUGAUGCUCACAUAGCUCCUUAUAUUUAGGAUCAUCAUUGCACUUUGCACCAGGUGAAGAGUAAAAGGGCAAGAGAUUUCUAUUCCCCCAAGGAAAUGGGUAGCCAGAAAACAGAGGUAAUCACUGUAUAAUACUUUGACAGUAAGAUAUGAAAGAUGGGAUAGCAAACAGGCGUGGGGUGGAAAAAUAUUUCACAGAAUAUUUUUACAAUGGUAGAGAACAGAAAGGAGUUGAAAGCAAAAGAGACAGGUUCUGUAGGCAGGAAGAAGUUAGAAUUAAUAGGGAAAGAAUAACUAGAGGAACGAGGAAAGAAAUAUUGAGAAGUAGAUCAAGACCCUCUCUUUGCUACUAUAAGGAAAGAAGUUGGAUUGAUAUGCAGAGAUGAAGCAAGGGGUUUCAUAAACCAAAAAUAUGCUGAGACCUCUAUAAGAUGUGAACUUGGGGAUUGUUUGGAUAAAAACUAGGUUUCAGGGCACCUGGGUGGCUCAGUAAGUUAAGCAUCUGCCUUCGGCUCAGGUCAUGAUCCCAGGGUCCUGGGAUUGAGCCCCACAUCGGGCUCCCUGCUCAGUGGGGAGCUUGCUUUUCUCUGUCCCUCUGCCCCUCACCCCUGCUUGUGCACUCUCUCUCUCUCUCAAAUAAAUAAAUAAAAUCUUAAAAAAACAAACAAACCUAGGUUUAGGAGCCUCAAGAAGUUUACAAGAUAUUUAAGACUACCUAACACUGCUUUAUCAGUUUGGCAGUACACAGAACAUUUGACGAUGUACUAAUGAACUCUCCAGAAAGGAGGGGAAAAGUAUUUAUUUGAAGAGAUUAUAUUCCUCAACUUGUACUUGGCAGAUUACUGUAGCUAGAUUAAACAAACAGUGGGUUAUAGUAAUGUACAUAAAUCCUAUAACUUUAUCAUUUCAUGGUCUCCAAAGAGUGGUAUUUCCUGAUAACCAAGGUUUCUCUUGAGCAUAUUUUUCUUGUACUGUUAUUUGUAAACACUAUAUUAGCUACUCAAAACUGAAAUAACUGAAAUUUUGUAUCAUUUCCCCUAAACUUGUGAAUUCUGGUAAGGCCAUGAAAAUAUACACAGAAAAAUAUACUCUGUCCCUGUGUAUUUGACUAAUUUAGGUCAUUUAAGUGGAGUCAUGCAAUAUUUGUCCUUUUGUGGCCCUAAUUUCACCUAGCAUAAUGUUUGUACGGUUCAUGCAUGUUGUAGCAUGUAUCAGAAUUGCAUACAUUUAAAAAAAGGAAUAAUAUGGCCUUGUAUGUAUAUAUUACAUUUUGUGUAUCCAUUCAUCUGUUCAUGGACACUUGAGUUGUUUCUACUUUGGAGGUGUUGGAAGUCGCACCACUUUUAUUAGCCCUUUGGCUAAGAUCAAGUGGAAAUCGCAUCACUUUUAAGUGGAGACUUGGCUCCUGAUCUAAUGCUAAUUCCCAUAGUAUCACAGAGGGAAUUGCUUGCUUUAUAUAACCUUGAAUCUCCUCCAAACUUAUGAGGUUUUCAGGGAAAUGGGCAUCUCCUGUAAAAUAAUUAGUUCACUGAAAUAUUGAUGCUGAGCUUUCAUGAAUAAAUGAAUCACACUAAGGUUGGUUGGUCCAUACUUUAAGUCUCCUGAAGAUAGUAUCUCUUUCUCCUUUUCCUUCAAUUAAACACACACACACACACACACACACAGUGGUUUACAGGGAGAUACCAAGAGACUACCAAAAGCUGAUGCACUCUCUUUAGAAUUAUUUCUAAAGGUGAAACUUCACUGUGCAACACAGCACAGAACUGCUUCUCGGUAAGGAAGUCCACAGAGCACUUUCUCCAGGAUUCCAUUGUCCCUGUGCCAAGCUUUGGGUAGCAAUUGCAUCACUUCCAAACUCAGGUGUUUCCAACCUACUAGAACACGUGGACAAAGCCUGCGGCAAAUCUGGCUUCUGCCAGUCCCAUCCACACUUGGAGCGCAGCUCUUUCCGGGAUCUCUGUGCAGAGGGUGCCUGGCAUUAGACAAGGACUGAGCCAGAGAAGAAUACAGAGCAGAGCCAUGAAUAUCAUCUUCGGUCUCCUCCUGCUUCUGUUCACCAUCAUCUACUCCUACUUGGAGGCACUGGUGAAGGUUUUCUUUCCCCGAAGGAGAAAAUCUGUGGCGGGGGAGGUUGUUCUCAUUACAGGAGCCGGGCAUGGAAUAGGCAGGUGGACUGCCUAUGAAUUUGCAAAACGGAAGAGCCGACUGGUUCUGUGGGAUAUUAAUAAGCGCGGUGUUGAGGAAACGGCCGCCGAAUGCAGGAACCUGGGGGCCACUGCGCACGCCUAUGUGGUGGACUGCGGUAACCGAGAAGACAUUUACAACUCUGUAAAGCAGGUAAAGAAAGAAGUGGGAGAUGUAACCAUCCUGGUGAAUAAUGCUGGGACAAUAUAUCCAGCUGACCUUCUUAGUACCAAGGAUGAUGAGAUUACCAAAACUUUUGAGGUCAACAUCCUAGGACACUUUUGGAUCACAAAAGCACUUCUUCCAUCCAUGAUGAAGAGAAAUCAUGGCCACAUUGUCACAGUGGCUUCAGUGUGUGGCCAUGGAGUGAUUCCUUAUCUUAUUCCAUAUUGUUCCAGCAAAUUUGCUGCUGUCGGCUUCCACAGAGCUCUGACAUUAGAACUUGAAACCUUGGGGAAAACUGGAAUCAAAACUUCGUGUCUCUGCCCAGUUUUUGUAAAUACUGGGUUCACCAAAAACCCAAGCACAAGACUAUGGCCUCUUUUGGAGACAGAUGCAGUUGCAAGAAGCUUGAUAGAUGGAAUACUUACCAAUAAGAAGAUGAUUUUUGUUCCAUCAUAUUUCAAUAUCUAUAUAAUACUAGACAAAUUUCUUCCUGAACGUGCCUUGGCAGCUAUAAAUCACUUACAGAACAUUCAGUUUGAAGCAGUGAUUGGCCACAAAACCAAAAUGAAAUGAAUAAUGGAGCUCCAGCCAGAGAUGUCUGCACCUUAAUGAUGUAAAUCUAAGUUUAGAAUCAAUGCUUCAAAGCUUAAUUUCACAUUUUUCAAUACUGUUAAUAUAAAAAAAACACAUUAGUUUGACAUCAGCAGCAAAGGAACAAGACUAAUUACCUGUCUAUCUCAAGAAUAUUAAUGUAGCUUUAACAGUCAGAUCCAGUUUCAUUCCAUGCCCCUUAAAAACUUCUGUGCUUAUGUAAACAUACUCAGAAGGCCUCUUUUCUUCAGAUAUUUUACUUUUUUUUCUUUCUGCUUCAAUGGGAACAAAGCCACCUCCCGGAGAGUAAAUGCAAAGAGAAGUUACUUACACAGGGAAGGUUGAAGACCUUGUCAACAUGUACGCCAUGUGAGCUAGCAGUUAGAGACGAGGUUUAAGCAGGCUGCAGUGCUCCGAGGGACAAAGAGGUUACUUCUGUGAAAUUCAACAUCUGGAAGCUUUCACUGGCUUCUCCCUUUUCAGCAGCCCAAAACAGUGCAACGGUAUUCUGUAGUUUCUUGCUUGAUUCUGUCCUUUGUAUCGCUCUUAUAUCCACCAAGAGUGGACACUAUACGUUCUGCCCUUUUCAUAACCUCUUAAAAUACUAUGACCUUAUAAAACCUGACUUUCCUUGAAUCUCAGAAUAUCUGAAAUUUUUUUUUUUUAAGAUUUUAUUUAUUUAUUUGAGAGAGAGCAUGAGAGGGGGGAGGGUCAGAGGGAGAAGCAGACUCCCUGCCGAGCAGGGAGCCCGAUGCGGGACUCGAUCCUGGGACUCCAGGAUCAUGACCUGAGCUGAAGGCAGUCGCUUAACCAACUGAGCCACUCAGGCGCCCCGAAUAUCUGAAAUUUUAACCCCAGGAUAAACCCCUCUUUAUUUGUAGUUUAUGCUUUCACAUAUCAUUGGUACCAGAGAUGUUUAGAUAGUUUUGAGCUUCAAAAAUGAAAACUAACACAGAAAAAAGAAUUAGGCUGACUACCCAAUACUAGACAGUAGAUCUAAGAGAUAAAAGAGUGUUCUCUUUAAAGAUCUGAUUCCCGGGGCGCCUGGGUGGCUCAGACGUUAAGCGUCUGCCUUCGGCUCGGGUCAUGAUCUCAGGGUCCUGGGAUCCAGUCCCACAUUGGGCUCCCUGCUCUGCGGGAAGCCUGCUUCUCCCUCUCCCACUCCCCCUGCUUGUGUUCCUGCUCUCGCUAUCUCUCUCUCUGUCAAAUAAAUAAAUAAAAUCUUAAAAAAAAAAAAAAAGAAAUUAAAGAUCUGAUUCCCACUACAUCAAGUAGUAAUUAAUCAAUUACUUGAUGAGUAAUUACUCAUCAAGAGUAAUCUUGUUUUUGUGUUUUUCUCAUAUAUAAUAGACUGCUUUUCCAUCAACUAUUUGCCUGUUUUUAUUAAAAAUGAAUGAUUAAACACAAAUCAUUAAUAAAAAUUUCUUAAAAACAAAUGAUAAAUAUGUUGUGCUUUUAAAAAAAUAACCUCUUGUGGUUAUAAAAUAGAGCUUUGAUUUUUAAUCUCUCAGUCUCAAUGAAUCUCCUUCAGGAAGCAAGGAUCUGGAUGGUAAUAGCUAGAACUAGCAGGUAUUAAGGGUCCCAGGGUUCUCUCAACUUUGGCUUCUUUGACAGUAGAAGUGUUGGUUUAUCAAAUGACUUACUAAAUUCUUUCUGUGUGUGGCACUGAGCAGAGUUUUAUUGUUUUGAGAUUUGUUUUUUCCUAGAUAUUUUGGCAAUAAUUUUUAUUCAUGAUGACAUUUUAUUUUUAUUUUUUUAAAGAUUUUAUUUAUUUAUUUAUUUGUCAGAGAGAGAGACGUCCCCAUGAUGACAUUUUAAUUCCUUGCUUUAAAACUAAGAACUGGGGUGCCUGGGUGGCUCAGUUGGUUAAGCGACUGCCUUCAGCUCAGGUCAUGAUCCCAGGGUCCUGGGAUCGAGUCCCGCAUCGGGCUCCCUGCUCUGCGGGGAGCCUGCUUCUCCCUCUCCCACUCCCCCUGCUUGUGUUCCCUCUCUCGCUGUGUCUCUCUCUGUCAAAUAAAUAAAUAAAAUCUUUAAAAAAAAAAAAAAAGAAAGAAAAAAAAAUAAAACUAAGAACUGUAGGGACACCUGGAUGGCUCUGUCAGUUGAUUGUCUGCCUUCAGCUAGGGGUCAUGAUCCCAGGGCCCUGGGAUCCAGCCCCACAUAGGGCUCCCUGCUCAUCAGGGAGUCUGCUUCUCCCUCUGCCUGCCGCUCCCCCUGCUUGUACUCUCUCUCGCUUGCUCUCUUUCUGACAAAUGAAUAAAUAAAAUCUUUAAAAAAAUAAAUAAAACUAAGAACUGUAUAAGUGAAGCUUAAAAUGUGUUAUUUUAAAAGUGUGAUUACAAAACUUCGAAAGAGAAAUAUGUAAAGUAGAAAAUAUAAGCCUACCUCCCACAAUCCCAUUCCCCAGCGGUCAGGUUAUUAAUGCACAACCUUCUGGUCAUUUUCUAAUGCAUAUAUAAGCAUAUAUAUGAUAAAUACAUUACAUUCCUUUAUUGUAUGUUUUACCAUUUGUAUUACAUAAUAGUUUGAUAACAUGCAUUAUAUUCUGUAACUUGUUUUUUUACCUUACCAAUGUAUCACAAACAGCCUUUUCUUUCAGUAGAGUUUAACCUCAUCCUUUUUCUUGGGCUCAUAGUACUAAAUGAUUAUAAUUAACAAUUCCUUUGUAAUAGACAUUUUGGAUGUUUCCAAUUUCUUUUUUUUAUUUUUUUUAAUUCUUUUUUUUAUUCUUUUUAAGAUUUUAUUUAUUUAUUUGAGAGAGAAUGAGAGAGAGAGAACACAUGAGAGGGGGUAGGGUCAGAGGACAAAGCAGACUCCCCGCCAAGCAGGGAGCCCGAUGCGGGACUCGAUCCCGGGACUCCAGGAUCAUGACCUGAGCCGAAGGCAGUCGCUUAACCAACUGAGCCACCCAGGCGCCCUGGAUGUUUCCAAUUUCUUAUGACUCAACAAAUCCAAAAUGGUUGAAAUAAUAUCAUGUGUAUUUUCCAACCACAACAGUAUUAAACUAGAAAUCAAUCACAGGAAAAAAUCUGGAAAGAAUACAUAUACAUGGAGGCUAAGUAACAUGGUACCAAACAAUGAAUAGGUCAACCAAGAAACCAAAGAGGAAAUCAAAAAAUACAUGGAGACAGGGGCACCUGGAUGACUCACUCAGUUGAGCAUCCAGUUCUCGAUUUUGGCUCAGGUCAUGAUCUUGGGGUCGUAAGAUUGAGCCCUGUGUCAGGCUCUGCAUUCAGCCUGGAGUCUGCUUGAGAUUCUCUCUCCCUCUGCCCCUCCCCCCAACUCUCACAUUCUCUCUCUCAAAUAAAUAAAAUAUUUUUAAAAAAUACAUGAGGGACGCCUGGGUGGCUCAGUCAGUUAAGCAUCUGCCUUCGGCUCAGGUCAUGAUCCCAGGGUCCUGGGAUCGAGUCCCGCAUCAGGCUCCCUGCUCCGCGGGGAAACUGCUUCUCCCUCUGCCUCUGUCUCUCUCUCUGUCUCUCAUGAAUAAAUAAAUAAAAUCUUUUAAAAAAAAAUACAUGAGACAAAUGAAAAGGAAAACACAAUGGUCCCAAAUCUUUGGAUGCAGCAAAAGAUGUUUGAAGAGGGAAGAUUAUAGCAAUACAGGCCUACCUCAAGAAGCAAGAAAAAUCUCAAACAACCUAACCUUACACCCAGAGGAACUAGAAAAAGAAGAAAAAACAAAAUCAAAAGCCAGUAGAAGAAAGGAAAUGAUAAAGAUUAGAGCAGAAAUAAAUGAAAUGGAGACUAAAAAAACAAAGUCGAAGAGGUCAAGAAAACCGAGAGCUAGUUCUUUAAAAAGAUCAAGAAAACUGAUAAACGUUUAGCCAGACUCAUGAAGUGUGUGUGAGGGGUGGGAAUCAAAUAAAAUCAGAAAUGAAAGAGGAGAAAUAGCAACCAAUACCACAGAAAUACAAAGGAUCAUCAGAGUAUUAUGAACAGUAUAUGCCAACAAAUUGGGACAACCUAAAAGUAAUGGAUAAAUUCCUAGAGAUAUAUGACAUUCCAAAACUGAAUCAGAAAGAAAUAGAAAAUUUGAACAAACUGAUUACAGUUUGUUCAAAUGAAAUUGAAUCAGUAAUCAAAAACUCCCAACAAUAACAAACUCCCAACAAACAAAAGUCCAGGACCAGAUAGAUGGACUCACAGGUGAAACUACCAAAAUUUUUUUUUUAAGAUUUUAUUUAUUUAUUUGACAGAGACAGAGUGAGAGCUCAAGCUGGGGGACAGGGGGAGAGGGAGAAGCAGGCUCCCCGCUGAGCAGGGAGCCCCAUGUGGGACUUGAUCCCAGGACCCUGAGAUCACAACCUGAGCAGAAGGCAGAUGCUUAACCAACUGAGCCACUCAAGCGUCCCUGAAACUACCAAAUAUUUAAAGAAGAGUUAAUAUCUAUUCUUCUCAAAUUAUUCCAAAAAACAGAAGAGGAAUAAAAGCUCCAAAAUUUAUUCUGAAUCCAGGAUUGCCAUGGACACCAAAGCCAGAUAAAGACACUACAAAAAAAGAAAACUAUAGCCCAAUAUCUCUGAUGAACAUAGAUGUAAAAAUCCUCAACAAAAUAUUAGCAAAGUAAAAACAAUAUAUUUUUAAAAAUUAUUUAGCACAAUCAAGUAGGGUAUAUUCUCAGGAUGCAAGGGUGGUUCAAUAUUCAAUCAAUCAACGUGAUGCAUCACAUCAACAAUAGAAAGGAUAAAAACCCUAUGAUCAUUUCAAUAGAUGCAGAAAAUGCAUUUGACAAGAUUCAACAUCCAUUCAAGAUAAAAACUCUCAAAAAAAUGGGGUUAGAGGGAAUAUACCUCAACAUAAUAAAGGUUGUAUUUUUUUUAAAAAAAAACCCAUAGCUAACAUUAUAAUCAAUGAAAAAAACUGAGAGCCUUUCUUCUAAGAUCAGGAACAAGACAAGGAUGUCCACUCUCAUCACUUUUAUUCAAAAUAGUACUGGAAGUCCUAGCUGCAGCAGUCAGGCAAAAAAAAGGGGGGGGUGGAUAAAGGUAUCCAAAUUAGUAAGGAAGAAGUUAAACUGUCACUAUUUGCAGAUGACAUGAUACUAUUUAUAGAAAAGUUAAAAGACUCCACCAAAAAACUACUAGAACUGAAAAAAAAAAUUCAGUAAAGUCACAGGAUAUAAAAAUAUACAGAAAUCUAUUGCAUUUCUAUACACUAAAAAUGAAGUAGCAGAAAGAGAAAUUAAGAAAGCAAUCUCAUUUACAAUUGCACCAAAAAGAAUAAAACACCUAGAAAGAAACUUAACCAAGACCUACACUUUGAAAACUAUAAAGCUUUGAUGAAAGAAAUUGAAGAUGACCCAACCAAAUGGAAGGAUAUUCCAUGCUCAUGGAUUGGAAGAACCAAUAUUGUUAAAAUGUCCAUACUACCCAAAGCAAUCUUCAGAUCUAAUGCAAUCCUUAUUAAAAUACCAACAGCAUUUUUCAUAGAACUAGAACAAAUAAUCCUAAAAUGUGUAUGGAACCACAAAAGACCCAAAUAUCCAAAGCAAUCUUGAAAAAGAAGAACAAAGCUGGAGGCAUCACAAUCCCAGGUUUCAAGAUAUGUUACAAAGCUGUAGUAAUCAAAACAGUAUGGUAUUAGCACAAAAAUAGACACAUAGGUCAGUAGAACACAAUAGAGUCCAGAAAUAAAUCCAUGCUUAUAUGGUCAAUUAAUCUACAACAAAGGAGGCAAGAAUAUGCAAUGGGAAAAGAUAGUCUCUUCAACAAAAGGUGUUGAGAAAACUGGACAGCCACAUGCAAAAGAAUGAAAUUGGACUGUUUUCUUAGACCAUACACAAAAAUAAACUCAAAAUGGAUUAAAGACCUGGAACCAUAAAACUCCUAGAAGGAAACAUAGGCAGUAAUUUCUUUGACAUUGGUCAUAGAAACAUUUUGCUACGUGUAUCUCCUGAGGCAAGGGAAACAAAGGCAAUAUUAAACUAUUGGGACUAGACCAAAAUAAAAAUUUUGCACAGUGAAGGAAAUCAUCAACAAAACAAAAAGGCAAUUUACCAAAUGGGAACAGAUAUUUGCAAUUGAUACAUACAAUAAGGGGUUAAUAUCUAAAACAUAGAACUGAUACAACUUAACACCAAAAAAACCCCCACAAAUAAUCCAAUGAAAAAAAUGGGCAAAAAACAUGAGUAGACAUUUUUCCAAAGAAGAUAUGCAGAUGACCAACAGACACAUGAAAAGAUGCUCAACAUCACUUAUCAUGAGGGAAAUGCAAAUCAAAAUCACAAUGAGCUCUCACCUCAUACCUGUCAGAAUGGCUAAAAUAAAAAAGACAAAAAUCAACAGGUGUUGGUGAGGAUGGGGAGAAAAGGAACCCUUGUGCUCUGUUGGUGGGAAUGUAAAUUGGUGCAGCCAGUGUGGAAAACAGCAUGGAGGUUCCUCAAAAAGUUAAAAAUAGAAUUGCCAUAUGAUCCAGUAAUUCCACUACUCUGUAUUUACCCAAAGAAAAUAAAAACACUAAUUCAAAAAGACAUGUGCAUCCCUAUGUUUACUGCAGCAUUCUUUACAAUAGCCAAGAUAUGGAAGCAGCCCAAGUGUCCAUUGAUAGAUGAAUGGUUAAAGAAGCCAAGAUGUGAUAUAUAUAUUUCCUGCUUUAAUGAAACUCGCAUUCUAGUAGGGGGGGCAAACAAUAGAUGACAAAUAUUAUAAGAGAGUAUUUAAAAUAGUAGAGUCAGGGAAGAACUCUCUGAGAAGCAACAUUUUGGGGCAGAAAUAUGUAUGAAGGCAUGGCCCCUGCAAAUACCUAGGGUAAAGAACAUGCACAUUCUGACAAAAAAGCAAACUUCUAUGAAGCGCUGUAUGAGGCCAGAGGGGCAGCGCAAGUGGGCAGAACUGUAGGUGAUGCACUAAGAGAGGUAGGCAGCGACCAGAUUACUGGGGAUCACGCAGGACACAGUAAGAAGUUUUGAUUUUUCUGAGUGUGAGAGGAAGGAUCUGAGAAACUUGAGUGGGGAUAGACCCAAAUAAAUAAAAUCCCAGUGUUUGUUGCAAAGAAGAAAACUUUCCUUUUUAAUUCCACUUUUGGCUUUAAUCCUUUGUGAGGGAAACUUAGAGAAAUGCCUGGAUGCACAAAUACUGAGCUCUCUUUGCCAAUUUUCCUGCAUAUUUUGAGUGCAGACUCCUUCCUUAUAAGUUCCAACUGAGUUUCUAAAUGCUUUACCAAGACAGGCUCCAUCUCAUGAUUCUCCCAAAGGGUUCUUACUCCCACUAAAAUCCCAUUUCCAGGGCUAUUUCUAGGGUGUGCAGGUCCCUGGGACAAUAUUCCUUCUGGACUCCUGUCUAUAAAAAUAAGUUGAUUUAAAAAUAUAAGGGGCGCCUGAGUGGCUUAAUCAGUGAAGCAUCAGACUCUUGAUUUCGGCUCAGGUCAUGACCUCAGGGUCCCAGGACUGAGCCCUGGGUUGGGCUCCCUGCCCAGAGCGGAGUCUGCUUGUCUCCUUCUCCCUCUGCCCCUCCCCCCUCAAAUAAAUAAAUAAAUCUUUAAAAAUAUAUAUAUGUAUAUAUUAUAAAAGGGUG